AGGCGCGCCAGUCUAAACUCUUCCUAGGUUUCUUUCUAGAGUGCGGAGCCUCAAGCUGUCACCCUGGGUAGAGUGCCUUGGCAUCACAGUUCACAGCAACCUCCAACUCCUGGGCUCAAGCGAUUCUCCUGCCUCCACUUCCCAAGUAGCUGGGACUACAGGCACCCGUCACAACACCCGGCUAUUUUUUGGUUGCGGUCAUCAUUGUUGUUUGGUGGGCCUGGCCUGGAUUCGAACCUGCCAGCUCAGGUUUAUGUUAAAUCUGUACAAGAUUUUUCUACAGUAUCAAUGUCUUUGGUCCCAUCAACAAACUAUAUAUACACACCCCUGAAUCAACUUAAGGAGGGUACAAUCGCAAAUGUCUAUGGUGUUGUGACAUUUUUUAAGCCCCCGUAUCUAAGCAAAGGAACUGAUUAUUGCUCGGUUGUAACAAUUGUGGACCAGACAAAUGUAAAGUUAACCUGCCUGCUCUUUAGUGGAAACUAUGAAGCCCUUCCAAUAAUUUACAAAAAUGGAGAUAUUGUUCGUUUUCACAGGCUGAAGAUUCAAAUAUAUAAAAAGGAGACGCAAGCUAUCACCAGUUCUGGCUUUGCAUCAUUGACAUUUGAGGGAACUUUGGGUGCUCCUAUCAUACCUCGUACUUCAAGCAAGUACUUUAACUUCACUACUGAGGACCAUAAAAUGGUAGAAGCCUUACGUGUUUGGGCAUCUACUCAUAUUUCACCAUCUUGGACAUUACUAAAAUUGUGUGAUGUUCAGCCAAUGCAGUAUUUUGACCUGACUUGUCAACUUUUAGGCAAAGCAGAAGUGGAUGGAGCAUCAUUUCUUCUAAAGGUAUGGGAUGGCACCAAGACACCUUUCCCAUCCUGGAGAGUCUUACUACAAAACCUUGUGCUUGAAGGGGACUUAAGUCACAUCCAUCGGCUACAAAAUCUGACAAUAGAUAUUUUGGUCUAUGAUAACCAUGUUCAAGUGGCAAAAUCUCUAAAGGUUGGAAGCUUUAUUAGGAUCUACAGCCUCCAUACCAAACUUCAGUCAUUGAAUUCAGAGAACCAGACAACCUUAAAUUUAGAGUUUCAUCUUCAUGGAGGGACCAGUUAUGGUCGGGGAAUAAGGGUCUUGCCAGAAAAUAACUCUGAUGUAGAUCAACUGAAAAAGGCUUUACAAUCUGCAGAUUUGACAGCCAGUCACCCCUCAAAUGAUACCUGUCAAUCAGAACCUGAUGACAGCUUUCAAAGCUCUGGAUCAGUAUCACUAUAUGAGGUAGAAAGAUGUCAACAGCUAUCUGCUACAAUACUUACAGAUCAUCAAUAUUUAGAGAAAACACCACUAUGUGCCAUUUUGAAACAAAAAGCUCCUCAACAAUAUCGCAUUCGAGCAAAAUUAAGGUCAUAUAAACCCAGAAAACUCUUUCAAUCUGUUAAACUUCUUUGUCCUAAAUGUCAUUCACUGCAAGAAGUCCCACAUGAGAGAAAUUUGGAUAUGAUUUUACAAGAUGGUGCAACUAAAACCCAAGAUGCCAAACUACAAAAUACCUUAUUAUAUGAUUCAAAAGUCUGGACCACGGAAGAUCAAGGAGGACGAAAAGUAGCUGUUCAUUUUGUGAAACAUAAUGGUAUUCUUCCACUUUCAAAUGAAUGUCUAAUUUUGAUAGAAGGAGGUACACUCAGUGAAAUCUGCAAUCUCUCCAACAAGUUUCAUAGUGUAAUUCCUGUGAGAUCUGGCCAUGAAGACCUGGAACUCCUGGACAUUUCAGCACCAUUUCUUGUACAAGGAAAAGUGUAUCACUAUGGGUGUAAGCAGUGUUCUAAUUUGAGACCAAUACAAAAUCUAAAUUCCCUUGUUGAUAAAACAUCAUGGAAUCCGACUUCGGUGGCAGAAGUACUCGGUAUUGUACCCCUCCAAUAUGUAUUUGUUAUGACGUUCACUCUUGAUGAUGGAACAGGAGUAUUAGAAGCAUUUCUCAUGGAUUCUGACAAAUUCUUCCAAAUUCCAGCAUCAGAAAUUCUAAAUGAUGAUGACCUUCAGAAAAGUGUGGAUAUGAUUAUGGAUAUGAUUUGUCCUUCAAGAAUAAAAAUUGAUGCAUAUCCGUGGUUAGAAUGCCUCAUCAAGUCAUAUAAUGUCACAAAUGGAAUGGAACAGAAAAUUUGCUAUCAGAUUUUUGACACCACAGUUGCAGAAGAUCUUAUCUAAUAUCGCCAUUCAAUUUAGCAUAUGCAAAAUAUUGUAAUUUUAGACAAUGUUACUUUUUGUGAGUUUGUUAUAAAACGUGAGAAAUUUAAUUUUUAAAAUAUCAUCCACAUUUCUGUCUUAACCACCAUUUUAGAUGUUUUUGGCAAAUAGACAUUGUGUUCUCUUGUUGUGAAUAUGUUGACAGUAUUCCUGGUGCUCCAGAUACCCAGCAUGGUGGAUGGCUUCCUGGUAUAUACAAGACAAGGAGACACGUAAUAAACAAGUGUGUGUUUGCCUUUACUCUUCACAGUCCCUUCAGAGAAGACAUUUUGUUUCCUUGGACUAAAAUUCACUUUCCUAUGGGUUUUUCCAUACGUCAGCCACUGAUUUCUCUGUCAUUCACCAUCCCUAAUUGGGUUUAUUUUCCAGCCCUUUCUCUUUUCUUUCUUUUUUUUUUUUUUAUAUAUCAGCAGAGUUGAGAAUUUUAACAUGGGUAUGAGAUUAGAAAAUGUCCUUACCUUAAAUCUCUUGGCUUUUACUGGAUGCAAGGUAAAUAAUAGUUACAGGUUUGGUUUUUAUACAGAAGGAUUUGCUUAAAUAGCACUGCUUCGAGAAGUGUGUGUUUAAGUGAGCUAUGGUGUACUCAAAGUGAUUUGCUUUAAGUAGAAGUGGCAAAAUUGCUUUGUUUGAAUGCUGAUAUUGACCAUUUUAGGAUAAAUCUGUUUCUUUCAAUGUGAAUUAUGUGCUUCGUUUGAUUGCUUCUUUCCCUUUCCCUCUGUGGUAUUAGAAGUUAUUCCAUUGCACCUUAGCCUAAUAGCGCAGUCAGAUUUACAGUUAGUGACUUAUUUACAAUAAGUUACUGACCCUUUUUUAAUAGUCUCAUGUAAAGUAUUCCUUUAUUACAAGUUUUAACUAAUUAAAUGAAAUCUUAAGUCAGUAUAAUAGUCUACCUUUUACCUGAGAGUUGUUUGUCAAAUUUAAAAUCAUGAAUAUUCGAUUUUCUACCAAUUUGUAUGUAUAAAUAUAUGUAUAUUAUUGCUACAGACUGAGAGAUAGUUUAGUGUUAGUGAAGAAUAAAAUAAAUGCGCAUAUUAUUUCACGUUUCAUUCAUUUGUCCUGUGUUGAGCUAAGAAGUGACAGGAAGCAGUUGCUAAGCAGUACUGAGCAAAGCACUUACCUUACCACAACCUGUUUUCCUGAUAAGAAAACUAAAACUUGGUUAGUAAGAUGAUCUGACUAAUUUCACACGAUUUUGUGGUAUUUUUUGAGACCGGAUCUCACUCUGUCGCUAGGGGUAGGGUGUGGUGGCUCCAUCACAGCUCACUGCAACCUCAAACUUCUGGCUGCAGGCGAUUUUCCAGCCUCAACCUCACAAGAAGCUGGGAUUACAGGGGCAUGUCACCAUACCUGGCUGAUUUUUUUAGUUUGGUUUUGCUUCUUUUUUUUUUUUAAUAGAGACAAGCUCUGUAUUAUUCAGGCUGUGAUUUCAUACUAGAUUAGUACUUGAAUUCAGGUCAUCUCUAUUCAGAGCCUAUACUGUUACCCACUCAAUGAUUUUAGAACAAAAGCUAGCAUGGAAUUUUCUGCAAAAGAGUCCUACAUUAAAUAUCUGAAGUUCUAUUGGAAAUAGAUUGCAAAAGAUAUCAGUGUGUUUUACUGCACAAUCUAAAGGCUUUUAGCACCUUAUUGGCAAAAAGGAUUGAAAAACUGAUUUUCUCUACUCAUAACAGCCCUAAGUUCUAGUUUCAGGUCCAUUAGCACAUCUCUAUACAUAACUACCAUUCUCUGCCAUCAUCAGGUUUCCAGCUUGUUUGAGACAGUGAGAAGACUGAUGCUCUUGUUGUGGGAAUGUAAACUCUGGAUUCAGAACAUUUCCUGGGGAAAGUUUUAAAAUUCUGCAGUCGAACUGAUGUGUUUCAGUAUCAGUGAUGUGGUAGGGAUUUAAAGGUGACAUAACCUAUUUUCUGCCUUCAGGAAGCACCGAGUGUGGAAGAGUAGGAGUCAGAAGGUGCUGUAGGUUCAUGUUGUGAACACGUGGGAUCUCCAAGCUUAAAAACUCUUCCUAUGAUGUUUUAUGAUGGCAGUGCAUUUCUCUUUUCUUUUUCCAUUUUUUUUUUUUUUU